AAGAAAUGUAAAAUGGUUUCCGUGUUUACAUAGCCUGAUGUAAACACGCGGGAGGUUAGGAGAACACGAGAUAAGCGUAGGAAACCACUCCGCUUCGCGUCGUGGUUUCCAGCUUAUCAGAGCGCGCGUACUAUUUGAAUUAUUUUAUAAAGGAAUAUGAAACACGCUCGCACAAUUGAAUUUGAUAAGACAAAUUUACUAGCUAUGUUAUAAAUAGUUGCGAUAAACUGUGAUACAGCACAACACAACUUAAAAGCUCUUAAAAGGUUAAUGCUGUCGAUUUAAGAGAAAACACAACUAAAAAACAAGACAAAACCGCGCUAAAAAUCAUUCCACGCUAUCAUUUGAACUGACUUCACUCUGCGGCAAGUAAGGACACAGCACGUAGUCAACGAACAAUUAGUCUGAUUUAAAAUAAGGAAAACUUUUAGAUACAAAAUAAUACGGUCUUUAGAAAGGCGGACGGAUUACAAGAUGUCAAAAAAUCGCAUCCUCCUCUGGACAGCCCCACGGUGCGUCUCAACAGCGUUUGAGAGAUCGAUUAUGAAUCUAAAGAAAUCAAAAACCUUUCACGAGCCGUACUCACAAGCGUUCUACUUCGGUCCAGAAAAGCAAAGUGCCAGAUAUGCCGCUCAAGAAACAAAACAACAAGCGACCUACCGAUCGAUCAGCAAAAUGCUGCAAAAGGAGUACGAUGACAGAGAUUUCGUCUUCUCCAAGGAAAUGGCCUACUGCGUGGAAAAUAAAAUGGACAUUUUUGCAGAAGAAGGUUUCAAGAACUUUCAACAUUCAUUCCUCAUUCGUCACCCUCUUAAAGCUGUCUAUUCCUUGUACAGAGCCUCCACUAACCCGAAACUCACAGGAUGGGAUUACUUUGACCCUGCAGAGGCUGGCUUUCGUCAAAUGCUCGAGUUAUAUGAAUUUGUUGACAGAAAUAUUCACGGCAAUCCCGUCGUCGUAGACGCUGACGAUCUCUUGGAUUAUCCCAACGGAAUUUUACAGAGUUAUUGUGAAGCAGUUGGUUUGAAGUAUGAAGAGACCAUGACAUCGUGGGAACCGGGUCCUGUGUCUGAAUGGGACCUCUGGGCGGGGUGGCACGAAGACUUUUUGAAAAGCACUCGGUUUAAACCAAGAGCCAAGAAGAAUAUGCCUCACGCAUUCACUGCGUUCGAUUUAGAAGAGCUUCCCCCUGAGGUGGCUGUUGUGGUAGAAGAGUGUAUGCCGUACUAUGAAACACUAGCAGCUAAAAAGAUCUCACCAAAAAACAAUGAACAAUGCUAAAGAAUCUGACUUAAUCUCCCUACUGAAGAAUAUAAGUAAUAUACAAUUCUGCUAUUUAUCAAAUAGGUCUAUAUAUUAUUUUCCAUAUGGUUAGUUCACCGAAGAGGGGGGGGCAGUGGAAAAUAAAUCAAGCAAGAUUUUGCUUUUCAAUGUCGAAGAAUUCUAUGAUGGAAAACUUUUUGUCCAAUACAUCUUUGGUCAAUUACAUAUAUUAUCACGUCGGAGACAAUCUUACUCGACAGUUUGACGAAGAAUACAUCUGCUUGUUAAGCUUUCACUAACCGUUGUUUUCAAUGAACAUCGUUCCCGUAUAUUGAUCUAUUUACUUGUAUUUGAUGUUAAUUUGAAUUAAUGUAAAUAAAAGC